CACAUGAUAAGAAUGGAAUGUGGGUACGUGUGUACGUAGGUUGAUCCAAGCUGGUGAGCCUGGUGAGGUUCCGUGUGCUCCUCAUGUAUUUGGUUCGUGCUGCUCAUAGUCCCCAUAAUUCAUUAAGUUCCAUUAAAAUGACGGCGCUAAUCAUCCGUGGCUCUUAAAACCCCAGCAAAUAUUUAGUGAUCCGUGCUAGUAAAAAUGUUGGCGAAGAAGUACAUGCUUUUCACAUGCAGUUUGUUCUGAAGGCGUAUGAAGUUUUAAUUAUUAUUCUUCAUUAUUAGUGCUGUCGAAUAUAAUUUAUAACGUUAUGACGUUAAAAUCCAUAAUAUACGAAAAUGGUAAGCUUGAAAUACUUGACCAACUUUUAUUACCAAGUCAGUCUCAGUAUAUUGAGGUUAAAGGUGUGGAAGAUGGUUGGCGAGCCAUACAUAAGAUGCAUGUUCGUGGUGCUCCAGCCAUUGCCAUUGUUGGAUGCCUUAGCUUGGCUGUAGAGAUACAGCCAGAGGUAUUCACUGACAAGAAGAUUUUGCGACAGGAAGUGGAAGGAAAGCUAAACUAUCUUGUAUCUGCUCGACCAACGGCAGUUAACAUGAAAUUGGCUGCAGAUGAAUUAAUUUCUCUAGUCAAUGCUCUUGAUAAAGACGAACUGGUUUCAGCAGAACAAAUGAAAAAGAAAUUCCUAGGUGCGAUUGAAACUAUGCUGGAGAAGGACAUUGCCGACAAUCGUGCAAUUGGUGAUGCAGGUGCAAAUGCAGUUCUAAGUCACUGUUCAGGGGACAGCAUGGUGCGUAUCCUCACACAUUGCAACACAGGUACUUUGGCCACUGCUGGCUAUGGCACAGCACUGGGAGUUAUUCGAUCUCUGCAUUCCCUUGGGAGGCUAGAGCAUGUUUAUUGUACUGAAACAAGACCAUAUAAUCAGGGUGCAAGACUAACGGCCUAUGAACUGGUACAUGAUAAGAUCCCAGCUACUCUUGUGUGUGAUAGCAUGGUUUCAGCUCUGAUGAGAGCACGCAGUAUAACAGCUGUUGUUGUUGGUGCAGACAGAGUGGCAACUAAUGGGGACACAGCCAACAAAAUUGGAACCUAUCAGAUUGCAGUAGUGGCAAAGCACCAUGGUGUCUUAUUUUAUGUAGCUGCACCUUUCACAUCUAUUGACUUCAGCAUACCAAGUGGAGAACACAUUGUGAUAGAGGAAAGGCCAGAACGGGAGAUGAGUCAUGUUGCAGACCAUAGGAUUGCAGCACCAGGUAUCAACUGUUGGAAUCCAGCAUUUGAUGUGACUCCAGCAAACCUGAUCACAGGGAUAAUCACAGAGAAAGGUGUAUUUAGUCCAUCAGAACUUGCCAAGCAUCUGAAGACUGGCAGUGAUUACCCUCACUCCUAGUCUGAUUUUUUGCUGGGACACCAGAGUGCCUACCAAAAGUAGAAGAUGUUCUUUGCUCAACUUUAAUAAAUAUUCCAAGUUUAUAUCAUUAGUAUUCAGCAGAGAUGUAUUUUAGCAUGUAUUACAAGCUGAUUGCAGUUUUUUUUUUCUGCUGUAAAGAAUAUGUAGAUAAGGGCAUGUUUUUUAAUAUUAUGAUAUGAGGGAAAAGACUUCAAAUAAUUUUAGAGCCUAGGUUUGUGAUAAGGACAUGCUUUGAAUUAAUCCCUCCUGAUUUACCAUUUAUAAUUAUCCUAAUAUUCCUUCUCCACUGAUGUAGUCAUUAAUGACAGAAAUUGUAUGGUAUAGCCUGACCAACCAAGUGACAUCUGAAAAAGGUCAAAUCCAGACCAAGGAGCACUAAAAUUGUUUUAUAGUUUUCUUCUUUCCAAUUAUAUGAAAAUCUUGAUAAUACCCUGAAGUAGGUCACAAUUCCUUCAUCCCUCUCAAUUCAUAGUUCAUAGUCAUCCCACAUUGUUUCGUAACAUCAAUGCAUACAGAAUCAUAAAAUAAAUGGUGUGUUGAAUAAGAAA